AUGAAAAAUAUUAUUACCGCUGUGGAAUACCAAACGAAGAAGUCACUCGAAAGUUUAAAAGCAAAAAGAAGUGCGAUUCAGCGACAGACAAAUGCAACCGAAUCAUCACUGAAGGAAGCUGAUAAACUUUUAAAACAAAAUACCACCACGGAAGUUUUUCAUCUUAAAAAUCGUUACAGACAAUCUUUCAUGGAUUUAAUGAAACCUAGCUUAUUGUUCAUGACCCCAGUGGUCUAAAAACGUUUGGUUUCGUGAAAAAUCAGAAGAUGCUUGAUGUCGUCAACGGCGAAGAACUUGGUUUCUUGGAAGAAGGUAAUCGAACAAAACCAAGCGAAUCUCUGGCUGAAGGUGAUGGACUGAAAGAAGGAAUUGUAGCACGUAAAGCUCAAUUCAAUUUGAUCACAAGAAACGCGGAGAGAAAACAGUGCCAUGAUGAGAGGGACUGUGUCACGAUAGAGAUCAAGGACGAACAAGGACAAGAAUGCGUGACCCAAGUGAAAAUAGAUGAUAACAAAAAUGGAAUCUACAAAAUCACUUAUUAUCCCAGAGCUCAUGGGACGUUCAAAUUAUUAGUUAAAGUAAACGGGAAACAUAUUUCUUGUAGUCCUUUUACUGUGAUUUUUAAACCAUUUCAAGUCAAACCUGUUUUAUCUUUGGGAAAGGAAGGCUCGGGUGAAGGAAUGUUUAAGGCUGCUCUGGGGGUGGCAGUGAGUGAUGCGGGCGAAAUAGUAGUAGCUGAUCAGUUAAACCAUCGUGGUCAAGUGUUUGACAGUAAUGGUACUUUCUUAAGAUCCUUUGGUCACAAAGGUGAAAAUGCUGGAGAAUUCAAAUUCCCUGUUGGAGUAGCCAUUAAUAAGGACAGGAAUAUUUUUGUAGCAGACAGUGAAAACCACAGAAUACAGAUUGUUAGUUGGGAGGGGAGGCACCUGGGUUCAUUUGGCGGCAAAGGAAGCCUUGAUAUUCAGCUCUCUGACCCUUGGGGUUUAUCCUUAGAUAGUAAUGGUAAUGUUAUUGUUGCUGAUACAGGUAACAAACUGAUUAAGAUCUUUACCCCGGAUGGUAGGUUUGUAAUGAAGAUAGGUGGGCAGGGUUUUCUUAGUUUCCCUGCUCACUGUGUUCAGUGUGAUAAAUAUUUUAUAGUGUCAGACUCAAAUGAACAUUGUAUCAAAGUAUUUAACAGGGAGGGGCAUUUUCAGUACAAGUUUGGUCAGCAGGGGGUAGGGGACGGGGAGUUUAAUUAUCCAUUUUUUCUGUCAGUGACUCAGUCAAAGCACCUGUUGGUUUGUGAUCCAAAUAAUCAUAGAAUACAAGUCUUUGAACUAGAUGGGAAGUUUGUCGGAAAAUUCGGUGCAAAUGGCAGCAAAUAA